CUUUGACGCUGCCGUCCAUUUUUAGCGUCGUAUCUUCCUAGCACCAUGGGCCGCAAGAAGAUCAAGAUCCAGCGCAUCGAUGAUGACCGCAACCGCCAGGUGACCUUUGCGAAGCGCAAGACGGGCAUCUUCAAGAAGGCCAUGGAGCUCUCCAAGCUCUGCGACUGCGAGAUCGCGCUCAUCGUCUUUGACUCGAACGACAAGCUGUACCAGUACUCGAGCACGAGCGUCGACCAGAUCUUGCUCAAGUACACCGAGUAUGGCGAGCCGUACGAGACCAAGGACAAUGGCGAUUACGACACGCUCUUUGGCGAAAACAAAAAGAAGCCGGGCGACAACAGCAACACCAAUAGCCCGUACGGUGGCAUGUCGUCGCACGAAAGCUCGCCCGCGUACUCGAGCAUGGGCACGCCCAACGAUCGCAUGUUACCGCACGGCGUGUCCCUUGGCCUCACAAACGACCCCGACCAGUAUGUCCUCAACAACCACCGGAACAACAUGGCCAAGAAGCGGACGCCUAAAGGGUUUCAGCAAUUGCUGCAGAAAAAAGACAUGCAGUACCUACCGCCGCAGCUCUACCAGCACAACCUUGGAAUGCUCUCGUCGAUGCAUGGCAGCAACCAAGGCAUGCUUGGCGCGCUCCCGAGUCCUUCGAACCUGCACGGCAUGCUCCCAUCGCCAACAACUGCCAACAUGCUGCUCCGCCACGACUUUAGCCCGCAAAACGGCGACGGCCCGCCCGGCGGCCACAUGCAUCAUCUCGGUUCCAUGGGCCACGACAUGGGCGACGACAAGAGCGUGCUUGGUCUCAACCUCGGACCAAGCGACUUUGGGCACCACAAACAGUCGAGCAGUAACGCGUACCGCGACGCAUCGUCGGCCGAAGGACACCAUGCGCACAUGCAGCAGCAGCAUCGGAACGAAGGCUUGCGAGGCCACUUUGAGCAGCAAAUGCGCGCGCCAGACGACAUGGGAUAUGACGACCGACGCAACCAAGGACACAUAAGCAGUAUGAACCCGCACGGCUACGAAGGACGCAUGGCCCAUCAUGACGUCGGAGACUUGGACGACGACGACGAAGACCGCGGGCGAAAGCGACCGCACGCCGAGUCGGCCAAGCGAGGACUCGUGCUGGAUCCGGACGCGGUCUCGAAGCGUACGCGCGUCGCAUCAAUAUAACGAUCGGCCUUUUGUUGCGUAUGGCAAAGUCGUCGUGGUAGAUGACACCUUAAUAUAUAUUCGUGGCACCCGUCCUACAA